AUGCUUGAAGGAGACUUGGAUACUUAUAACCCAACAUUGACCCUUAACGAGCAAGCUGAUCGACUUCCCUAUAAGACGGAAUACGAAUUUCCAAGGGAAAGGCUCACGCUCGAAAAACCACUUGGGGAAGGUGCAUUUGGAGUUGUUAUGAAGGGAACGGCAAUUGGUAUAGUUUUGAAUGAAUCACAAACCAUUGUUGGAGUGAAAAUGGUAAAGAACAAAUACGAUAACGAGGCACUAUAUGCACUCGUCGCGGAACUGAAAAUUAUGAUGCAUUUAGGGCAGCAUCUCAACGUAGUCAAUCUUCUUGGUGCCGUUACAAAGAACAUCGGAAAUCGUGAGCUCAUGGUAAUUGUGGAAUAUUGCCCGUUUGGAAAUUUACUGAAUAUCCUUCGCAACAAUAGAGCUCGCUUUAUUGAUGAAUUUAAUAAAGAAACUAUCACAGCCAUCAUUAUGGAGUCCUGGACGUCGCAGGAUACGACCGUGCCAGGAAGCUCCAGUACGGAGUCAUCUGUUAGUAUCUGUAAUAGAUUCAUCAGCACCAGCGAUCUGAUCUGCUGGGCUUUCCAAAUUGCCAACGGAAUGAACUACCUAACAUCGCGCAAGGUACUACAUGGAGAUUUGGCUACCAGAAAUGUGCUCCUGAGCAACGACAAUGUAGUGAAAAUCAGCGACUUUGGGCUAUCACGUUCCUUAUACAACGAAACCAAAUACAAGAAAAAGACUGUGACACCCCUUCCUGUGCGGUGGCUUGCCCUUGAGAGUUUCACUGACGCCCUGUUUAGUACUCACUCGGACGUAUGGGCCUAUGGGAUUUUGCUGUGGGAACUGUUUUCACUGGGCAAUGUGCCGUAUCCAGGAGUAGAGAUAAACUCAGAGUUCUACAAAAGGCUGCGUGAUGGAUAUCGACUGGAAAUGCCAUCUUUUUCGAACAACAUCAUUUAUGACAUUAUGCUGGGCUGCUGGAGGGAACGUCCAGAAUCGCGUCCUUCAUUUAGAGAGCUUAGCAGUCAGUUCAAAGCCAUGCUCGCACCGGAGACGGUAGAUUACUAUUUGGCACUUAGCGAACCAUAUGUAACAGUGAAUGCAGAGUACAUGAUUCCACAGGACACGGAAUAA